AAUGCGUCUCGGCCGCGCACAUGCGCAGUCCUUGACAUUUUGAAGUAGCUUCUCCGGGGUGUUUGAACAGGAAGGCGGACAUGUUGGCCAGGCUGUGGGAGAAAAUCGGGCAUCGUCUGCGAUUGUUUUCCGAAGACUAACACACAUCAAAACCCGGUUUAUACAUAUCCAGCCUGAGAGAUGAAGCGGUUUGGAAGGGAAACAGUCGACAGCCAGUGACAAUGCACGGGAUGCACCGGAGGAACCGCAGCUAAACGCCGUAAAGAGUCCGUGUUUAAAAACUGGUCGAAAUUUGGAAGAAGCAGAAGUUUUUUUCCCACCACUUCUACUUUUGAGCUGUCAGAUUGGUUUGUCGUAUUUCUGCAAAAGGGCCCUGACACGGAUAUGGGAACGGGCCCGGACUAGCCCUCAAGUCAAACUCCUGCUUUUUCAGACGGACUCUGCAGUUAACGUUUUAGUUGCCUUUUGUUUUGGAUGCACCAACGUUUUAAGCCCUUGUCCUCGGUGGCAUCCAUCCCACGGAGGCUGUCUAAUCUGCUGCCGCAUUUCUCUCCACCGCUGAAGUUGUUUGCCAGCCGCAACGGGGAAAACAAUCUUUCGGCUACCGAAAAUGUGGCUUUCGCAUGCUCGGUGCCACCCGAAAGUCUUCGUUGUCUGUGAGAGCUCGAGGAGAACGAUGUAUUUUCUCUGAAGUGUAAAGUUCACACGAAGAAAGGAACAUUUGGCUACAUAGCUACGGCUGGCUGCUAACGCUAGCUAGCCAGCCUUCUGCCUCGUCAGUGAGCUGGUUUCUGUUCAUAACCCGACCUCGGGACUGAGUUUUUGGCAGCAAAAUGUCCACCGGGGAGAGUAUGGAGGCUCGGUUUGAAAAAAUCGAUGCCAUGCUGAAGGACCCAAAGUCAGAAAUAAACACGGAUUGUCUACUGGAUGGCUUGGAUGCUCUGGUAUACGACCUGGACUUUCCUGCCCUUAGGAAAAACAAGAGCAUUGACAACUUUUUGAAUAGAUACAAAGAAACCAUUAGUAAAAUCCGAGACCUGCGGAUGAAAGCAGAAGAUUAUGAGGUGGUUAAAGUUAUCGGGAGGGGAGCGUUUGGAGAGGUGCAGUUGGUAAGACACAAAGCCACAUGCAAAGUAUACGCCAUGAAGCUGCUGAGCAAGUUCGAGAUGAUCAAGAGGUCGGAUUCUGCUUUCUUCUGGGAGGAGAGGGACAUCAUGGCUUUUGCCAACAGCCCGUGGGUGGUGCAGCUUUUUUUCGCUUUCCAAGAUGACCGCUACCUCUACAUGGUGAUGGAAUACAUGCCCGGUGGCGACUUGGUUAACUUGAUGAGCAACUUUGACGUCCCAGAGAAGUGGGCCCGCUUUUACACAGCCGAGGUGGUGCUGGCUCUGGAUGGAAUUCACUCUAUGGGCUUCAUUCACAGGGAUGUGAAGCCUGAUAACAUGUUGCUAGACAAAGCAGGACACUUAAAACUUGCAGACUUCGGGACCUGCAUGAAAAUGAACAAGGACGGUAUGGUACGAUGUGACACAGCAGUGGGAACUCCAGACUACAUUUCGCCCGAGGUACUGAAAUCCCAAGGAGGGGACGGCUAUUACGGCAGAGAGUGCGACUGGUGGUCGGUGGGAGUGUUCCUGUACGAAAUGCUAGUUGGCGAUACUCCCUUCUACGCCGACUCGUUGGUGGGGACCUACAGCAAAAUCAUGAACCACAAGAACGCCCUGACCUUUCCCGACGACAGCGACAUCUCCAACGAUGCCAAGAAUCUCAUAUGUGCUUUCCUGACUGACAGAGAAGUUCGACUCGGCCGUAACGGCGUAGAUGAGAUAAAGAGACAUCCCUUCUUCAAGAACGACCAGUGGACGUGGGAGAACAUCCGAGAGACGGCCGCCCCCGUAGUGCCUGAACUGAGCUGCGACACCGACACCAGUAACUUUGACGACAUCGAAGAGGAUCGGGGGGAGGAGGAGACCUUUCCAAUUCCUAAGGCCUUUGUGGGCAACCAGCUCCCCUUUGUAGGCUUCACAUACUACAGCAGUCAACAUCUUUUGCGCAGCCUUACCGCCUCAAAGGCCAGCGACAAACGUGGCAGUUCCACAAAAGAAGAGAAGAGUCAUCUGGAGAACCUGCAGAAACGGAUCUACCAACUGGAGGAGCAGCUCCACAGUGAGAUGCAGCUGAAGGAUGAGCUGGAACAGAAAUGCAGGACAUCAAACACAAAGAUCGAAAAGAUCAUGAAAGAGCUGGAUGAAGAGGCGAAUCUGAGGAAGAGCGCGGAGGGCAGCUUGUCUCUACUGGAGAAGGACAAGAUCAUGCAGCAGCACAGGUUCACGGAGUACCAAAGAAAAGCCGACCAGGACGCGGAGAAGAGACGCAAUUUGGAGAAUGAGGUGUCAAAUCUGAGAGAACAGCUUGAAGACAUGAAGAAGAUCAGCCAGAACUCGCAGGCCUCAAAUGACAAGAUCGUCCAGUUGCAGAAUCAGCUGGAAGAGGCCAACGAUUUGCUGCGUGCGGAGUCUGACACGGCUGCGAGACUGAGGAAGAGCCACACGGAGAUGGCGAAGUCGAUGAGCCAGUUGGAAACGUUGAACCGCGAGCUGCAGGAGAGGAGCCGAGGCGUGGACGGGGAGAAGGCGCAGCUUCAGAAGGAGCUCCUGCUCCUCCAGAGCACCCUGGACUCAGAGCGGAGGAACAACAGCCAGGGCUCGGAGGAAAUCAGGGAGCUGCAAGCGAGAAUGGCAGGGCUGCAGGAGGACAACAAGAACUUGAAGCUCAGCCUCUCCAAAGUGGAAUCAGACCGCAAACAAGCCCAGGAAAAAAGCAAUAACCUCGAAAAGGAAAAGAACAACCUGGAGAUAGACCUGAACUACAAGCUGAAGACCCUGCAGCAGCGCCUGGAGCAGGAGCAGACGGAGCACAGGGUGACGCGGGCACAGCUGACCGACAAAUACGAGUCUAUCGAAGAAGCCAAAUCAGCUGCCAUGAGCGCCGUUCAGCAGAAGAUGUCGGAAGAAAACGGAGCGAGGAUGAGGGCGGAGAGCCGGGUGGUGGAGGUCGAGAAGCAGUGCUCCAUGUUGGAGUUUGACCUCAAGCAGUCCGUGCAGAAGAUGGAGCAGCUGAUGAAGCAAAAGGAGAGGCUGGAGGAUGAAGUGAAGAGUCUGAGGAUACAGAUGGAACAGGAGUCGAGCAAGCGCGUCCUCGCUCAGAACGACCUGAAGGGCCGCAUGCAGGAAGUGGACCGUCUUCGGUGUUCGGAGAAGCAGCUCAAGCAGGAGAUCAACACGGCACUAGAGAGUAAACGCUCGUUGGAGUUCCAGCUGGCGCAGCUGACCAAACAAUACCGAGGCAACGAGGGACAGAUGAGGGAACUUCAGGACCAGCUUGAGGCCGAACAGUAUUUUUCUACGCUUUACAAAACUCAGGUCAAGGAACUAAAAGAGGAGAUCGAGGAGAGGAACCGGCACGUACAAGAGGCUAAUAAAAAAGUGCAGGACUUGUGCAGCGAAAGGGACUCCUUGUCAGCCCAGCUGGAUCUGACGGUGACUAAGGCUGAGUCAGAGCAGCUCGCUCGGGCGCUCCAGGAGGAGCAGUGCUUUGAGCUCAGCCAGGAGAACAAGAAAGCGGUGACCAGACACAAGCAGGAGAUUGGGGAGAAGGAGGCCACCAUCGCACGGCUUGAGGAGUCCAAUAAAACUCUGACCAAAGAUGUGGAGAAUCUCAGUAAAGAGAAGACCGAGUUAAGCGAGAAGCUCCGUAUUCAGGAAGAAGAGUAUGCGGCUCAGAAGGAAGAGAUUGCUAAUGCAGUCAAGGCCAAUUAUGAGAAGGUCCUCAACACAGAGCGCACGCUGAAGACUCAGGCGGUGAACAAGCUGGCGGAGAUCAUGAACCGCAAGGACAUGAAGCUGGACCAGAAGAAGAAGGGCAGCACGGCCGACCUGCGGAAGAAGGAGAAGGAGAACCGGAAGCUGCAGCUGGAGCUCAAUCAGGAGAAAGACAAGUUUAACCACAUGGCCAUCAAAUACCAGAAGGAGCUGAGCGAGAUGCAGGCGCAACUGGCGGAGGAAUGCACGUAUCGCAACGAGCUGCAGAUGCAGCUGGACAGCAAGGAGAGCGACAUAGAGCAGCUGCGGGAGAAACUGAAUGACUUGCAGCAGCGCAUGGACAACUCCAGCGUGACCAGCCUGCAGACGGACGAGACGGACAGUAACAUCGCAGAAUCCAGACUGGAGGGCUGGCUGUCCAUUCCUAAUCGUGCCAACAUCAAGCGAUACGGAUGGAAAAAGCAGUAUGUGGUGGUGAGCAGCAAGAAGAUUCUGUUCUACAACGACGAGCAGGAUAAGGAGCAGUCUAACCCCUCAAUGGUACUAGAUAUCGACAAACUGUUUCACGUGAGACCAGUCACACAAGGAGACGUGUACCGAGCUGAGACAGAGGAGAUUCCCAGGAUAUUCCAGAUCCUGUAUGCCAACGAGGGAGAGUGCAGGAAGGAAGUGGACGUGGAGACGGUCCCUCAGGGCGACAAGACCAACUGUCUCCCACACAAAGGCCACGAGUUCAUCCCCACGCUGUACCACUUCCCUUCCAACUGCGAGGCCUGCUCCAAACCUCUGUGGCACGUCUUCAAGCCGCCCCCGGCUCUGGAGUGUCGCCGCUGCCACGUCAAGUGCCACAAGGACCACCUCGACAAAAAGGAGGACGUUAUUGCUCCUUGCAAAGUUAACUACGAUGUGACCUCUGCCCGGGAUAUGCUCCUGCUGGCUCUGACCCAAGACGAGCAGAAGAAGUGGAUCGGCCACCUUGGAAAGAAGAUUCCCAAGACUCCACCGUCGACAUUUUCUAGAGCCUCGCCCCGUUCUAUGUCCACUCGCUCCGGACCCAACCAGUCCUUCCGCAAGAACCCUAAAAGCAAUACAGGAAAGCUGAGCAGAGCGCAGUCCAGCCUCCACUCAGCAGACACAACAUCCAGCACUUGUUGACAGGAACUUCUUCAGAAAGUGCUAACGUUUUUUUUUUUUUUUUUUUUUUUUUUUUUUUUUAGAAUUUUCUCUACUUCUUUAAGCUUGUCUAUUUAUUAUUAAUUGCGUUACUGGGUGUUUCUAACACGAGAGACACUUCCUGGUGGGUUGGUUUGACUCCUGGGUUCUAUCCAGUUGACACUUGGGAUUUUUCUAAUUGGCACUAAUGAGUUGUUGGGUAACUAACUUAAUAGGAUGGUCCACGUUAAGGAUUUUUACAUGAUGUGUCGGACGUGUGUUAACGGUGUUACAGUGUCUUUAAACCAGCUCUUCUGUUGUUUGUCCUAGAUUGGGUGACUAACCAAGGUUAAGAUAUUGUCUGCCUUUUACUGGACACCUGUCUCUGUUUUCUGCUUUCUUUCAGCUAACCAUCUGAACCGUUGGGAUUUCUUUCUGGACUCUAAAACUUUUCCCUACUUCCUGAAAAAACGG